AUGGCCGCCGCCGCCAGGUCGCUGCUCCGCUCGUCGGCCUCCCUUCUCCGCGCUGCCCCGGCGAGAUCCUCCGCCUCGUCAUCUGCGACGCGGCCGUCUCUUCGGCGCGCGUUGGCUGCUCCCCCUCGCCUCCUCAGGUCGCCCGUCGAGGCCAGCUUCUGCGUGGAGUCGCUGCUGCCGCUGCACAGCGCCACCGCCGCCGCGCGGAUGACGUCCAUGCUCGCUGUUCCUGCCCGAGGCCUCGGCUGGCUCACCCAAGGUAAAAAACUGAAACUGAUGGAGUAUGAUGCUGGCGCCAUAGGAACAAGGAGAUCACUGGUGUUUGAAGCUCUUCUGUGAUCCUGCUGGAGUUGACAAAAAAGGAAGUAUGCUUUUCUCUGUAUCUGAACUACGAUGAUGACUUAAUAAACAAUUUUGGAUGUUGCUCGGCCUUUGUUUUUGCCUUUUCGUUGACUAGAAUCCUCAAUCCUCAUGUAAUGAAAACUAUGGCAUGAUCUAAAUGUUUGCGAUGCUAGAUAUUGUAGUGGAAUCAUAAAACUUCACUCAUCAUUUUUUGGUUU